GUGAGUUGAGUUGGGUUGGGUCCAACAUUUGAAGACCUCACAAACAAAAAACACACACAAAAAAAAAAAGUUUCCAUCUUUUUCUCUUUGUUUUUAAAGUUGUCAAUAUCUGUCUUCUUCUUCAAUACUUCCCCCAAUCCACCACCCUCCAAAGUUCAAAGGCUCCAAACUUCCAAGAUUUGAAGAUAAACUGAAGCAAAGUACCCACCAAAUUAAAAAGCACUUGGAAGUUGGAAGAAGAAGCUUAAUUUUUUGCAGAAGAAGUGGCAACAAUAGGAACUAUACGACGCCGUUUUUGUUCUCCGGCGCCGGUGAUACAAUGAGCGCUUCUAGGUUUAUAAAGUGUGUUACCGUCGGCGAUGGAGCCGUCGGAAAAACUUGUAUGCUCAUCUCUUACACCAGCAACACUUUUCCUACUGAUUAUGUUCCAACAGUUUUUGACAAUUUUAGCGCUAAUGUGGUGGUGGAUGGGAGCACAGUUAAUCUAGGAUUGUGGGAUACUGCUGGUCAGGAAGAUUACAACAGACUGAGGCCAUUGAGCUAUCGAGGGGCUGAUGUUUUUCUUCUUGCAUUUUCACUUAUCAGCAAAGCCAGCUACGAAAAUGUUUCAAAGAAAUGGAUUCCGGAAUUGAGGCAUUAUGCUCCUGGUGUGCCAAUUAUUCUUGUUGGAACAAAGCUAGAUCUUCGAGAUGAUAAACAAUUUUUUCUAGACCAUCCUGGUGCAGUGCCUAUCACGACAGCCCAGGGCGACGAACUGAAAAAGCAGAUCGGAGCAGCUGCUUAUAUAGAGUGUAGUGCAAAAACACAGCAGAACAUCAAGGCUGUGUUUGAUGCUGCAAUUAAAGUAGUACUCCAGCCACCUAAACAGAAGAAAAGAAAGAAGAGAAAGUCUCAGAAAGGUUGUUCAAUUUUAUAACAAGGGAGAUUUCGGCUUCAGAAGACCACUUACCAGUUUCUGUUACAUUUGCCUUGCAACUACUUUCAUCUACCAUACUAGAAGAGUAGUGGCAUGUUCUUUAGAUGCUAAUAGUUUGUGACUGACAAAACCCGAGGAGCACUCGCUCUGAAGCAGUAUCAGGUGGUGGAUUGGUUGAAUUCAACAUUGUUUGUGAUAUUGUAUAUCAUCAUCAUUCGCGUUAUGUUUGUGAACCAGAGAGAAGGUUCUGUAAAAUUUGGGAUUUUUAUGAAGAUGUAGUAAUAGAAGUGUUUGUAAACUAAGCUCUAAGAGGCUUAGAAAAACAUUAUUGCAUUUUGUUGUAUUAUAUGUUCAAUUGUAAGUUAGGUGAAUUAACUAUCUGUUAAUUCCUGUUGUGUUUAAAAGAUUGGAUUAGUUGCUUCUA